AUGGUAGCCGAGCACCUUACAAUUCGCAACAACACCAGCACGCCGAUCGUCCUGAAGCGCAUCGAGCGCUUCGCGGCCCCAGAACAAAACAAGGGCGUCGACGAUAUCACCUCUCUGGCCAGGAACUUCACUCGCGUCCUGACCAAUCAAACUCGCACCGCCGAGCCGGUCAAGUCCAUCAACGAUGAUACCCGUCCAUUCGAUGAGGUGAAGGGCAUUGAUUUGCGCAUUGAGCCCUUCACGACUAAGAAGACCGAAAGAAAGGCUUUCAUCCAGACGCCUGUCCCUACCACCGAGUCCGCCACAAUGAAGGCACUGACUGAGAACCCUAAGCACAAGUUUACAGGCGUCUACAUUACGCCCGAAUCAUACCUGACAAUUUUCUCGUCUGCCAACCUGGAUGCCUGGAUGCGUGAGCUUCGCGAUGAUACUCUCCUCUCCGCACUAUCCAUCCCAGGCACGCACAAUUCCCCCACCUGUCAUCUCGCCCCGCCCUCGGUACGCUGCCAGGCUGUUAACCCGCGCGAGCAACUGAAGAAUGGCGUGCGUUUCUUUGACAUUCGCGUGCAGCCACAGUACCCCGAUCGACCGGAGAAGGAUGAGCUGAUCCUGGUGCACAGCGUGUUCCCCAUCUCACUGACAGGCAACAAGUACUUCAGUGACCUGAUGCGCGAGGUCAACGAAUUCCUUGAGCAGAAUCCCUCUGAAACCCUCAUUAUCUCCCUCAAGCGUGAGGGCCCUGGAAAUGCCAAGGAUGAACAGCUUGCGCAUAUCCUUCAACAGCACUAUGCCCGUGCCGACAGCCACUGGUGGGUUCGGCCCAAGAUUCCAACCCUCGGUGAGGCUCGUGGCAAGGUCGUUCUCCUUCGUCGGUUCAACUUGCCGGAGGACCUGCAGAAGGAGCACGGUGGUACUGGAUGGGGUAUUGAUGCUGCUGCGUGGGCGGAUAACACCCCACACGCAAGCUGCCCCAGUGGCCAGCUCUGUAUCCAGGACUUCUAUGAAGUGCAGGAGUCCCUCAAUAUCGAAAAGAAGAUCAAGUUUGUUACCGAGCAGAUCGACCGUGCUGGUCACUGCCGAUAUCCUUUCGGAAUCCAGCAGAAUGUGCAGGAAACGAAGAAGUACCCCUUCUUCAUCAACUUCCUAAGCGCAAGCAACUUCUGGAAAACUGAUACAUGGCCUGAGAAGAUUGCUGCCAAGGUCAACCCUGCUGCGGUGGAUUAUAUCUGUCGCCAGCAGCAGCAAGGCGAUGGUGACUGCGGUACUGGCAUUCUGGUCACUGACUGGGUUGGCUUGGAUGGUAACUGGGAUCUUGCGCGUUGCAUUGUCGGCAUGAACGCUAAGCUGCGACUCCGACAUGAGUGA